AGUCAACGUUCCAUCUAUCAGCGGUUGCUAAAUGUCGGGACACUUGCGCUCCAAACCAAAACUUCUCCAACUAAUAACAUAACCUGCAAAGAAACGUCAAAAGUGUCAGUGUCGUUCGUGUAGUUCCUUCAAAGUACCUACGAGAGUUUGUUUGUGUUGAAACUUUUAAGUUGUUCAUUCGUAUGCAUCGCGUGUAGAUGUUGACGAAGCUGAAUUUAUGGAGAUUAUGACCAAGUCCGAGAAUUGGGCUUGAAAUAGAAAUCGACUCACGUAGCAGCAAUUGUUCGUUUUUCAAUUGGUAUACAUCUUGUGAAAAAAAAAACUUUCAAAUAUAUAAAAUGAAUUCUGCCACCGAUUGGGAAGCCGAACAUCGACGAACACUUAUGGAGAGUCGUGCAACCCUAGUGCGUUCCGCGUCUUCGGUUGCACGAUCGCAACGCAUUGCAGCCGAAACUGAACAAGUUGGAACAGAAGUGGUGGCAGAAUUAGGAGAACAGCGAGAAACGUUACUGCGGGCUAAAAGGCGCUUAUCACAAACUGAUCAAGAGCUAACCAAAACGCAAAAAAUUCUUCGUACAAUGACAAAAAGAGUUUUAACGAAUAAAUUUAUUUUAAUAUUGAUCAUCAUCCUUGAACUGGGAAUUCUCGCCGCUGUCGUUUAUUUGAAGUUCUUUAGAAAAUGAUUCGCACAUCAGAAUCAUUGACGCUUGUAGCUGUGUAUCGAUCGAUAUUCAAGCAUUUAAAUUUUAUGUACAUACAACUAUCUUCUACUCAAUAAUCAAUUUGCUAUGUUAAAAAAGCCAAUACCUGAGAUAUGUAUCUUCUACAUGUAAUACGGCUUCUAGAUCGAUUAUAAAACAGUUUUUAUCUCAAUGGUAAAUUUCAAGAAAACGAUAAGCUGCUGUUGUGAAUAAAGUAUAAUAGCAAUGGAUUCUUUGAAUGAGAACUCAAAUCGUCUUGUAUUAUUUCUAGUUUUAUAUCAAGUAAAUGACACUAUAUACAAGCCAUAAAUCCGGGUGAUUUGGUAAAAGGGACAGCUCCGUUUUAUACCAGUAGCACAGGACACUUACUUUCACCAAAUAUUACGAGUUACAAUAAAAUUUAAUUGUUAUUAUAAAAUGCAAAUAUUCUUCU